CCCCGCCGCCGGCCUCCCGGGGGUGCCGCGGGUUCGAGUCCCGGUGCGGGGGGCGGCGGCGGCGGCUCACCUGUGUGUGUGUGUGUGCCGGGCGGCGGCAGACUUUGGCUCCAGCCUCUAUAAAAGGUAACGGCGGCGUGAGCCAGGGCCGCCUCUUCCCCCGCCCGCUCUCACGUACGCGCUGCCGCCCGGAGCAGACCGCGGAGCCGCCGUCCCGUCCCGUCCCGUCCAGCCCCGUCCCGCAGCGCACCGCGAUCCAGCGCCGGACAUGAGGCUGCGGGUCCCGGUGCCGGUGCCGGUGCCGGUCCCGGUGUCGGUCCCGGUGCUGGUCCUGGUCCUGAUCCUGGCCGUCACGGGCCGUGCUGCCGCCGGGCACGGGCACGACGAGGAUGAGGAGUCCCCGCACGCCAAGGAGAGAGGUCCUGGUGACAACCACUGGAGCUAUGAAGAACCGGAGCGCUGGGGCGAGCACUACCCGGCCUGCUCGGGCAACAAGCAGUCCCCCAUCAACAUCGAGACGGAGAAGACCAUCUUCAGCCCCGAGCUGCAGCCCAUCCAGCUCUCCGGGUACAGCCUGCCCAACAGCAAGAAGUUCAAGCUGAAGAACAACGGGCACACAGUUGUCCUGGAUCUGCCCGAGUCCAUGGCCAUCACGGGUGGCUAUGCCCAGCAGUACCAAGCCAAGCAGCUGCACCUGCACUGGGGCUCCCCGUCGACAGCUGGCUCCGAGCACACCGUGAACAGGAAGCGUUUUGCUGGGGAGCUCCACGUGGUCCACUACAACACCAAGUACGAAAACUUCAAGGUGGCCUUGGGCUACCCGGAUGGGCUGGCCGUGCUGGGAGUCUUCCUGGAGGUCGGGCCGAGGGAGAACCCUUACUACGAGGAAAUCAUCAAGCAUCUCCAAAAAAUCCAAGGAGAAGAUGAGGAAGUCAUGGUGCCCGGGUUCAACAUCGCGGGCUUGCUGCCCGACAGCCUGCACCUCUAUUACCGCUACAAUGGCUCCCUGACCACCCCUCCCUGCUUCCAGUCGGUGAUGUGGACGGUCUUCAACCAGACCGUGAUGCUCUCCCAUGACCAGAUCUCGGUGCUGGUGACGAGCCUGCAGUACGACGACGGCAAGCCCCUGCAGAAUAAUUUUCGGCCGACCCAGGCCCUGCACAAGCGGUGGGUGCUGGCGAGCUUCGAGCCCACCUUGUCCCGGGAGAGGCAGGUGCCCACGGCGGGACAGACCAGCUCCUCGUUUCACGCAGGGGACGUGUUGGCUGUGGUCUUCGGGGUGCUCUUUGCCAUCACAGCACUGGCCUUCAUGUACUACGUCUACAAGCAGCGCAGCCAGAACGCACGGCUGGACUCGCCCACCAAAUCCAAGGUCAUCUACACAGCGGCCACCACCGAGAACACAGCGUGAGCCCCGCGGCUCAGCCCCGUCCCCUCGCUCCCACCCCGGGCUCGGGGGGCACCAGCCUCCCCCGGCUGCACAGACUGUUCACCUGGGGCAACGCCCAGCCCCAGCAGAUAUUUUUGUUACAAAAAACGAUAAAAACGUUAAUAAAAAAGGCCAAAAAAGGUG